AUGGACGCCGCAUUGACUCUGGGCGACGCCGCGCUCGAGCAGCUACGCGAGCAGCUGCUCGCCUUCAGCGCCGAUGCGUCUACGCAGCCAACGCAUCUCCACCUCGUGGAGCAGCUAGCGGCGGAGCUGCCGGUGGCAGCGGCGUCGGAGCUGCAGCGUCUGCUCCCAGACGUCCUCCGCGCCGUCAAAGCGCUCUGUCGCCUGGCCAUCAAGUGCGUGGCAGCGGUCGCAGCGGACACGCAGAACGUGGCGGCCCUGGUGGCUCUGGACGACAAGUUGCGGCCGAUUCUGCGCGUGCUGCGGGCGGUUGUGGGCCGUCUCAAGGCCCGAGAGCUGGCCGACGCAGUGUACGAGGCCAAGGAGCUGCGACGCUGGCUGCCGUUCGUGGCGACGACCUGCAGCUUCGUUGAGGCGGCGGAGCUGCCGGGCGCGGACCUGAUGCAGAGCGUUGAAUUGGCUGGCGAGACCCUGGACGGCUGUGUGGAGCUGCUGCAGGUGGACGGGCGGACGCAGGUGCUGGCGGAAUACGUCGCGCAGAUCGUGGCGCUGUGCUCGCAGGACGUGAGCAAGGACGAGUGGGUGGCUGCUGCGUCGGUCAACAAGAGGGUCAUGCUGCAUGUGGUGCAGCAAGUGCCGUUCCCUCACUUGGGCGGAGAUCUGCUGGGCCGCUUGCUGGCGCUCACGUUCCCACUGGUGGACGACCUGACUGAUGCCACGCAGCUCGUUGGGGCGCGACUGCUGCGCCACCUUGUGAGGAACGUCACGCCCACGGAGCUGCGCUGGUACUCGGACGUCCUGCUGGAGGUACUACACACGGCGAUGGUCUCUCGAAAGCCGGCGACGCUUGAUGUGCUUCUCGACUGCCUCGUGGAAUCGCUGGACAAGGUGUCUCCUCCGGGCGAGCUCAAGCACUACGACCGCUUUACGCCGCGGAUGCUCCGCGACACCAGUCUGUGCAGCGAUAUUGCGGUACGAGUGGUGUUUGUUCGGCACCUGCGGGCUCUUGUCAUUCGACAGGGUGCGCCGCAUAGCCUCAAUGUGAUCCGCUACCUCCAGCCGCUGCUGAAGGUGCUAAUCGCGGGCGUUGAGAGCGUCAACGUCGCAAUGUUGGAGGAGACUCUUGAAACAUUACAAGCUACCAUCCUCGCUGCGUGGCCCCGCAUUGCACCUCAUACCGAGCAGAUUCUCGUUGGUGUGCUACGUGCCGUGGCUUUCUGUGAGAUUUUUGAAGAGGGGGCCGAUUUUACGCCGUCCCCAAAGGAAAAGGAGCAGCUUCUUGCACUCGGCGAGGAUAUCCUCGACUUGUUGCACCAAGUCAAUGCUGGAAACCCCGUUGUUAGUGAUAUGUUGGCCACUGUCGGUAGCCAGAGCCCCAACCUGUCGCCGUUUUGCGAUCGUAUGCAGGUUAAAUGGACAUCUCGCUAG